AGCACUCGGAGAAUUCCCUGGAUCAGCAGGAAUGGGAGGAGAAGCUGCUCCAGGUGAGGAUCCCGGGAAUUCCCGAUUUUUCCCGGGAAUUUUCGGGCCGGAAAAGGAAAUCCGGGAUUGGGAAAAGGAGCACUCGGAGAAUUCCCUGGAUCAGCAGGAAUGGGAGGAGAAGCUGCUCCAGUUUUUCCGCCGUUCCCUGAGCUCCAUCCCGGAUAAAUCCUGGAUUUUCCCGUUGCCUCCGGAGAUUUUCCGGCAGCUCCGCGAUUCCGAAGCCUCCAGGUCGGAAAAGAUUUUCCUGUACAAAUCCCUGGGAACGGCGCUGGGAUCGUGUCCCGGGAAGGAUUUGGUUCGGAAGCAGCUCCAGGAAAUCCUGGAAAACGCUCGGUACCAGGAGGAGGAGGAGAGGGAGGGUUUGGCUUUUUGCUUCGGGAUUUGCGCCCGGAAUCACCUGGAAGAAACUCUGGAAAAAUUGGAGGAAUUCGUUCGAUCCGACGUUUUCAAGAAAUCCCCGGGAUUGUUCAGCAUCUUCAAGGAAAGGAGCGAGGGGGAGCUGGAAAAGCUCCGGAGCGGCCUCGUGCUCUGCUACGGCCGCGUGGCCGAGGCGGCGCCUCCGGAACUGCUCCAUUCCCGCCUGGAAUCCCAAAUCCUGAAAAAUCUCCUGGAAAACGGCCACACCAAGGGAAAAACGGGAUUGGGAUCCAGGGAAAUCAGGGAUCGGGAUCCAGGGAAAAACGGGAUUGGGAUCCAGGGAAAUCAGGGAUCGGGAUCCAGGGAAAAACGGAAUUCCAUGGAAUUCUUGACUAAAAUCUUGGAAAUUUUGGCUAAAAUCCUGGAAUUCCUUGCAAUCCUGACUAAAAUCCUGGAAUUCCAAGAGAAUAUCCAUUAA